UUGUCUGACUGCUUCUGCCAGUACCGUUGAUUUGUGUGGAGAUGGGGCUUUUAUUCUGAAAAAAUUGGGCGGUUCAUAGAGGAAGUAAGAUUUUUUAUUGCUGCCAGAUGAGCUGAGGCUGCUGGCAGAGGAACCAGACAAGCAACUACAGCAUCAAACCAUUUCUAGGUGUGCGUGCAGGAUUGUGAAGAUGCCCGUCAAACACCAGAGAGCAACAGCUGGCAGUAAAAUCAUGUUUCCACCACUGUCUCAAAUCCUGAAGGCCCUUUGCAACAGUCCAGAGAGCUGCUCGCCGUACCGGGGGCCGAUGCAGACCAGUGUCACUACUGUUCUUGGGACCAUACAGAUCAUGGUGGGCCUGUUCAACAUUGGUCUUGGACCAGGUCGAACAAGCACAAAUCCUGGAGAUUUGACCAGCUUGGGAGCUGCUUACUGGCUGGGUGCUGUGUUCAUUGUCACUGGAAUCAUGUCCAUUUUGGCCGGACAGUUCCCUUCCAACUGCUUGGUGGGCUUCACUGUGUUCAUGAACAUAGCUGGAGCUAUCUUUGCCAUUACUGGCAUUGUGCUGUACGCCAUAGACCUGGCGAAUGCCUCUCUCCUCUGGUUGUGCGACCGCAGCAGGAACUAUGCUGAUCGCCAUGGUGACAACUGCAGAAAUGUGGCGCUCCUUGCUCAGAGUUUGCUGACAUCUAUGGACACCACGCUGAUCGCCAUGGCUGUUCUUCAGCUCUGUGUCAGCAUUAGGUUUACUAUUCUGGGCAUCAAUGCUUUGACCAGUGAGAUGAACAAGGAUGUUGAAGAUCAGCAGCCACAGGUGAAGGUCAUCCCCCUGACCACUCCUGCUGCUUAAAGUCCCUUCAGCUGAACACAUGGAAGCAUGAAGAAGCUGCACAUCAUUGUAAUACUUGUGCUUUUACAUACUGUACACUUGCUGAAAGUGAUUAAAACAGCUUUGCAUCAAGGACACUUUUUUUUUGUUUUUUGUGCCAGUCUGUA